AUGGCUUCUGUUUUAAUUUCUGAUGGUUUCCGGAUACAGUUUGAGAACUCGAAAGUAAGCAAAUGUCCUUCAGAGAAUUACAGUUGCUGCGUAAUUACACAUUGCCCAGCUGCCUGGACUUUAUUCCAUACAAAGUCCAAAAUUUGCGGAUGGAAAAACAAAACACCACUAGUGUGCUGUCCUCGCUAUAUUCAUCAAGAACAAAUACAUGAUAACGAUGAUUUAUGCCCGACAGAAGAUGAAACUACUGCAACAGAAGAAGUAACUCAAGAUUCUGAGGAAGAAACGCCGCCUUCUAUUGAACAGAAAUCACCACCUGUCGAUGCAGUAAAUAUACAGCCAAAAAUAGAGAGUAAACCUCUGAAAGUCAGCCUUACUAGUGCAGAAAAUUGCGGUUUUAGAAAGAUAGUUUCCUGGACAUAUGUCCCAGGGAACACAAUGCGGUACACUGACAUUGCUGAUCCAGAUUCGCCCAGAACAGAGGCUGUUUCGGAAAACAUCGUAGUAGGAGGUUUAUCAGCCAACCGACCGUGGUCAUGGAUGGCUGGAAUAUAUAAUAGGAACGCUGAGAGGCCAUUUUGUGGAGGAACGGUCAUAGAUGACAGGCACAUUCUGACAGCUGCCCAUUGCUUCGUUUCUAGAGGGCUCAGCGCCAGUCAGUACACAGUCAAAGUCGGUGAAAUUAAUGUUACGUCAUCGGAUCCGAGCUACGAAAUUGAAGAAAUAAAAACACAUGAAAACUAUCGGUCCCACCUUUAUUACGAUGAUAUUGCUAUCAUACGUCUCAAAGAAACUCUACCAAAUGACGUAACUCCGGUCUGCUUACCAGAAGAAGACAAUUUAAAUCAAGGUGACAAUGUGACAGUAUUAGGUUGGGGACAAUUGUCUUUUGGUGGUCGAAGCACUACGAAAUUACAAGAAGCUCACGGUAUACCAAUUGUUAGAAACCAAGAUUGCAAUUCUAAGUACGAAAAUUUACCCAGUAAUCAGUUCCCGAAUGGUAUAACAGAUAAUAUGAUCUGCGCAGGUCAUGAAAAAGAUGAAGUGGAUGCUUGUAGGGGUGAUUCUGGGGGUCCAUUGCUCCGAGAGUACAGUAAGCACCACUGGGCACUGGUGGGCAUAGUGUCCUUCGGCUUUCACUGUGCAGAACCAGAGUUUCCAGGAGUCUACACAAGAGUUGCGCCUUAUCUUCCGUGGAUAAGGAAAUAUAUUGAUGAAUACAGCUUAAGGAAAAGACCUAGAAUAUACUUAUACUUGACAAUCCAUUUGCAUUUCUUGAAGCUAUUUCAAAAAGGACAGUUGAAAUAGUCUUUUCCUCAUUGAAUGUUCCUGAUUCAAAACUAUCAGUCUGUUCUUCAUGCAAAUCUUGAUACUUUUAUUACAAAUGAGUAGAACUUAGAACCACGAAUCCAUAAUUAUAGCCUUUUUAACUAUAACAAUUUACAAGUUAAU